CCUUCGUGUGCAGGCUCUGUGCCGCCGCCAAAUGGCUUCUGCUACAUACACGGAUCUCUCUGUGUUUUGGUUUUAGUUCCUCUUUAAAAAAAAAAAAUCACUUCUUCUCGGACAGUGUUUACAUAAACACACACACAUGUACUUUCACUUGGGAUUAUGUGAAACAGUUAGUGAGAAGGAAUUAAUUUUCUGGAGAACCAGAGAGGAAUGGAACUGCCAACCACUUCUAAGUCUAGUUUAGUGUUUCUUUCUUAAGUGCCCACUCAUAAAGGAAGAAUAAAGUGUUUCUCAUAUGUUUCUAAAUGCCGGCGCUUCUCCCUGAUUGUGUGCCGACGAUUUCCAGCGAUUGUGUUUUAGAUUCAGUGCUAUUUUAAGGCAAUUAAAUUGUUGAAAACGUUUUUCUCAAUCUAGGAUUUCUAAGUUUUCAGUAAUUGAUAAUUGUAAGCAGAAAUAUCGAUUUGUGUUAAAAGAAUUGUAAAACAUUGGAUUAGACCAUUUAUAUUGGUGUGAAAAUGUUAAGGCGUUUCUAUAAUUUGGUGUCGGAAGUAACGCCCAAUGGACCAUGUAACAAGGAUCUAAUUCAUAUACGCUUCUAAAUCUCAUCCUGGUGACCUUGUGUCCCUGGGGAGGACACGUUCAAGCUACAACAUGCUGAGAACCCUUGCAGUUAGUUGGCUGUGGAUGGCGUCCAUGUGUCUCGGGCAGUCUAAACUUUAUGGAGGAAGCGGCCAACUGUACGUCAGUAACGGAAGUCAUAUAUUGCGCAUGUACCGUCAGGGAGUCCUCUACGAGUCGGUCGUCCAUCAGCCUGGCGGGAAGAUAGUCGGGCUAGCGGUGGACACGGAUAAGGAGCUUCUCUUUUGGUCCAACACAGAUGUCAACGUGCGUUCCAUUUGGAGGGCCAGGCUAAACGGAAGUGACGUCGUCGAAAUCGUUAAAGAUGUCGAAGAAUGCAAUGGUCUAUCCAUCGACUGGGUCUCCAAACACAUCUAUUGGACAGACGCAGGUAAAAAGACUUUGGAGAUAGCCAACUACAACGGAAGCGGGCGGAGGAUACUGAUCAGUUCCGGGUUGGUCAACCCACGCGGGAUAGUCGUAGACCCGGUGUCUGAGUACGUCUUCUGGGCAGAUCAGUCCACCAGGAAAAUUGAGAGGUCCUCACUUGAUGGCGUAGACCGCAAAGUAAUAGUUGAUAAAGACAUCAUCUUCCCCAACCAGAUGGCGGUCAGCUAUCCUACCAGGAGGCUCUACUGGGUGGACGCCAAAAGACAGACUAUUAUGUCAUGCGAUACUGACGGCGGAGACGUCACUAAAGAGAGGGACCUCAUUGAGACAUCCCAGGGGAAUCCAGUCUUCGGUCUGGUAGUCAUUGGAAACACGGCUACCAUCAGCACUUGGUUCCACACGAAGAUCGUCUCGACCUACGUGGCAACACGCGAGUCCCUGUGGAGUAACGAAAUGGUCAUCGGCUCCAGCACCGAGCUCUACAGUCUGGCGGCAACAACCACGGCUAUCCAACCACAAAGCUCGCACCCCUGCGGACAACCCGACAAAGGUGGAUGUACGCACCUCUGCCUACCUGUAAGAGGCACCAGCUACAAGUGUGCCUGUCCGUCCUACGGAGGGCUGGCUCUGAGCUUUAAUGCCAAGAGCUGCGAAACUCCGAGCGAACUGUUGUUUUUUACGAUGAAAGAAUCCGGAGAGGUUGGUUUCAUAUCCAUCCGAGGUGUUCAGUCAAGUUACCCGACUCUGGUAGGGAGAAGUACCAAGCCCACCCAUGUGACCUACGAUCCAAUUAAGCAGGUAGUGUACUGGAGUGAUUUGGAUGAAGGAGUUAUCUAUCUUUCCCAUUUGGCCGGGGAAGGAGAAAAAGAGAUUUUCUUGAGUGGAAGGGACGGCAUAGGGACUAUUGAGGGUCUUGCCUUGGACUGGCUAUCUCGUGAACUUUACUUUGUCAACGUGGGUCAGUCCAGUCCAGGUGUUGAUGACACCGUCUACUCGUGGCACCGCCUGGAGAAGAUCUCUCUGGAUAAGAGAAGCAGAAGAACCCUAGUGAGUGCCGUGGAGCAGCCACGAGGUGUCGCUCUAGAUCUGGAGAAUGGGUACAUGUACUAUGCUGACUUGGGCAAGAAGGCUCAGAUAUUCCAGGCCCAACUGGACGGAUCUGAGAGGCGGGUCCUUCUAGACUACGACCUUGCCAGCCCCACGGGCCUGUCUUUCUACGAAGGGCGGCUUUACGUGGCCGACUCUAACCCAAACAAUAAAUCUUACGCACCCCAUCUCAUGGUGUAUGACUCCACGACCACAGAGUGGACACACCUGAAACUCAGCAAUAAUUUCUCGAUCCCCAAGGGCCUGGCAGUACAGGGUGACACACUUUACUAUUCAGACUGGGUCAGUCAGGACAAUGUCAUUGGCUACAUCAAAUCUUUUAAUCUGCGCUUUGGGAUAGAUCUCAGCUUCUCUACAAGUGGCUUGAGACCAACAGGCUUAUUUUACUCUCCGCUUGCCAGAAGAAAACUUGAUUCAAUGGAUGAUGUGUGCACCAAGUCCAGCUGCAGCCACUCCUGUAUUAAAACUCCAUUAAAUGCUGAGAAGCCUUACAAAUGUCUGUGUCCCGAUGAGUCUACCCACAUCUUAGCCAGCAACAAUGCUACGUGUGCCAGGCCUGGCAAUUUCCUUCUGGUGGCUGACUUAAAUACUUUGAAGUUAGUCUCUCUUGAUGACUUCACUGAGACUGGACCACGAACAGUUCUGUAUGACAACAUAGACUCUAACAUUGCAGCUUUGAUUUAUGAUGACGUUACAGACACCAUAUAUUGGAGUGAUUUGACCAGACAAUCCAUUUAUGCAUCUCCAUUUCUGGACUUUGAGCCACGUCUUGUCUACCAGGCAAAUUAUUUCAUUGAUGGAAUCGUUGUGGAUGACAAACAACGAUUAUUUUGGACUGGAUACACCCGCAAUGGUUCUGGAAUAAUAGCUCGGCUUAACUUGCAGAGGGCAGGCAAUUCAUAUCAUGUAAUAAAAACAGGCUUGAACAACCCUAGAGCUAUACAUCUUCUGUCAGACAAAAAACUCAUUUUCUGGACUGAAUAUGGUGGUAACCAUGGUCCAGCUUGUGUUCAGAGGGCCAGGAGCAAUGGAAAAAAUCCAAAAAUGCUAAAAGCAAGAGGUUUGUUUUGGCCUAAUGGAUUGGCCACUCACCAGCAGAGACUUUAUGUGGCUGAUGGGUCGGGAAAACUUUUCUCAAUGGACUUUGAAGGUGAAAAUCAAGAAGAAGUUUCAUUCCUUACUGGUCAAGCUCUACAUUUGUUUGGCAUUGUUGUUAUGGACACAGUGCUCUUCUACUCAGAUUGGCUCACUAACAGCGUCUUCAUGGUCGACAAAAUAACAGGCAAAAUAGAACCAAUUGUGACUCAUCUGUCUCGGCCAACUAAUAUAGCAGUAUAUCAUCCUACCAAUUUAACUGUUUUCAACCAGUGCAACACAGAGGGUAAGAUUUGUACUGGAGGGUGUGUAUCAGUGCCAAGGACAUUCCAUUGCACAUGUCCUGUUGGCUCCAAGUUAGCUGCCGAUGGUUUCAGCUGCAUCACAAUGGCCAGUCCAUGGGAGGUUACUCAAGAUUCAAAGUGUCAAAGUCAGUGUCAUGAAAAUGCUUACUGUGCCCAGUUAGUUCCCUUGCUAAAGUUUGACUGUGUCUGUAAAGCUGGCUAUGAGGGAAAUGGUGUCAUCUGCUCUGAAUGUGGAGAAGAUUAUUUCAAGCCUCUGCUUGGAAAUGACACAUGCUAUCCUUGUCCACUGAACUCUACCACACGUGGAAGUGUCACAGCUACUCAGUGUCAGUGCAACAAUCCACAGUUCACGCAAGUCAAUCACAUCUGUACUGAUGCGCAAACAACAGCCAGUUUCACCACUGUACAAACAACCACCAGAUCUUUAGAAAUAAUUACUGACCAGAAUCUUGAGGCCAUCUCCACAGAGGUCGCUUUACCAAGCUCAGAGCCUAGAGGAACAUUAAGUCAGCCCUAUUUUGACCAGUGUCCUCAUGGGGAGCUAAUCAAGAAAAUGAUUCCGGAGACGACCAAUCAAGUUUGGGUUCCCAUCAACUGGACAGCAAGAGAUGGUUUUGGCAAAGAGCUGCUAAUGAGAUCAAACUUAAAUAUUUCAGACAACAAAAUCUUUAUUCCUUGGAUGGCCAAUGGAAAUGGAAAGCAGCAAACAGUUGUAUUCGAAGCAAAGGAUAGCAGGGGUCAAAUAGCUACAUGUCAAUUUCAAGUUUUAAUUGAAGAUCAUGUGCCGCCAAGAUUCACCAGCUGUCCUGAUAACAUUGUGAAGAAGACAUCAGGAAAAAGUGAGCCCAUCAACUGGGUCCCACCUGUGGCAGUGGACAAUGCCCACGAUCCCAUUGUGAGCAGCUCACAUGAGCCCAAGAGUGAGUUCCUGAAUGGCACCACUAGAGUUGUGUAUACAGCCAAAGACUGGCAGAACAACUCAGCCAACUGUACAUUCAAUGUCACUUUAAUUUAUGAGCAGCCUUGUGAUUUGCCAGAAAUAAAAAAUGGAGUUAUUAAUUGUGCAGGCCUCAAUGCUGACAGCUGUGACAUUUUAUGCAAAGAUAAUUUCAUCCUGAAUCCGCUAGUUAUAUUUCCACAGUCUUUCAGCUGCUCCACAGAUCAAGAUCAAGAUGUUCAAGAACUCAUCAGAAUCUCUAAAAGACAAGAGCCUUGCCUUAAGCAUAGGAGGCCUACAACUGCUUAUCAAGAAUUCAGUUUAACAUUCAGUGGGAAAUGUCUUCCUAAUAGCACCAGUAUAAAAGAAAUACUCAAAGAAAAAAUUAUUGAUAAGUUAGAUGAUAAAAGAAUCUGUAGAGGAGCCAGGUGCACACACAGCCCUAUUAAGAUUAUGUGUCCAAAUGCCAUCAAAGUCAAGAGAUUUGCAGAACAAAAGUUCAACAUGACUUGGAACGUCACUCUCGAGCAUGACCCCCAGUCUCAUGAGUAUUCUGAUGGUUUCAGUCCUGGACGAGUGAAGGGAAUCCUUACAGACAUGAAACUGGAACUCAGAAAGUUGGCUGCUCACCUGACCUUUUUCUUUGAUAUAGAAACCUAUGCGUCUAUUCCCAGCAGUGUCAGUACUAAAGAGUUUCAGUGGUUGUGUCUGCCUGGAGAAAUGAAAAUUAAUGAUGGAUGUGUGCCAUGUCCUCCUGGAUCCUAUAUGAAUGAGACAGAGGAAGAGUGCAUGCUUUGUGCUGAAGGAUUUUACCAGAAUACUUCCAUGAGCAUCAAAUGUAUUACAUGCCCAGCAGGGAUAACUCUAGAACUAGGGGCCAUCAGUGAGGCUGAAUGUGUGACAUUCCCAGCUAUGAAUGAAAUGAGCAAGUUUCUCAUCAUAACGUCCUGUUCUUCAGCUUUCAUAUUCCUCUGUAUGGCCCUCUUCUUUUAUUUCUGGUACAACCACCAUCAACGCAAGAAGUCUGUGGAUACCAAAGCUGUUGACAAUGGCGGGCGCUACAUGACCUCCAAUGUGUAUGGUCACACACCUGUUCCGACAGAGAAAUGCCCUGACUACAUCAGAACUUCAAACCGUGACUUUAUUUUGGGCUCUCAUGACUACGAGGACAUUGAGGGUCACCACAGAUCUACAUUUGAAACAUUUUCGCGGCGGCCACCUGGAUGUGGGGACUCCCUCAGCUCUUUUAAAACUCACACUGAUAUGACCUUCCUGCCCACUGGAUCACCAAACUCGAGUUCAAUGCGCACUUCUGAUGAUGCAAUGAUGCCAGGCUCACCUCGAGAGAGUGCUAAAUCAUUUAAUUUGUUUGCUGAUGGGGGCCUUCAAUACACUAUCUCUCCUCAUGGAACUAUGGAAUCUUUCAAGGGGUCUCCUCCCCCUUCACCGUAUAGGAGUCUUCAUUUAGUAGCUAAUGGGCCGAUACCAAGGGGAUCAUCUGAAUCGCCCACACAGAGCCAUACACUAAUUUCACUUCUUGGAGAUGAGAGCCCCUAUACUAGCCGGCUUAUUCGGGAAAGACUUAUUGAUCCAAACAGCCCUUACAGAAUCAUCUCACAGGAACGCAGAAAUGGAAGUGAAAGUCCGUAUAAGGUUAACAGAAGACACGAGCCUGAAAGCCCUCACCAUAUGUUGUCCGUUGAUAUUGGUAGCCAGAUGGAUAGCCCAUAUCGAUUGAUCAAUAAAGAAUCUCCAUACAGAAGCCCAGCUUUCCAGCGAGAGCUAACACACUCUUUGAAUAGAGGAAACCCAGAACAUGGUAUGAGAAAUUAUUCUCACCAUUCUGACAAUUCCUUAAAGUCAAUGCCAGAGACAUCAAAUGCCCAGCGUUACAAGGGGUAUGACCGAGAUGAGGCUAGUGCAUUCAUGCCUAUUGGUGACUUCCUUUACAAGCGGCCACCUUCACCCCUGUCUCCCCCAAUAUCCAGUAGAAAAUCUAAUGACUCUCUUCAAAGGUCGCCAUCGACACCCAGAGCAUCUCCAGGUAUGUCUAGAAAGCGGCUAGACAACCCUUACAAAACACCACCCAUGAAUCAGCGUCGUAAAGGCAAACCAGAUUUUGAAGUCUAUGAAUAUGAAUAGGCUAGUGAACUAAAAUAACUUAUACUGAAGCUCUACAUCUGUUGAAUUCAAUACAAAGGAGAGCCAAUUAAAACCAGUCACCAAUCAAAAGUUGAAACAUUUUAUAAAGUAAACAAAUGUAUUAAAGCUAUAAAUAAUCAGCAUUAUUAUCUUUGAUUCUUUAGUAUGUGAUGGGAAUCAUUCUAUCCUUAGACACACAUAAUAUGUAAGAUGAAUAAUAUGUAUAUUUUUAAGUGAAAUAAGAAAUUAUAUGAUCACAUUAUUUUUAUUGCUCUAGAAUUAUAUUUAGCAGCUUACUAUCUCAAUUGUUUAUUUUUAUCCUUAUUCCAUUUUUUUUAAAUGAUCUAAAUUUGUAAACAGUACAUUUGAAACUUUAUUCUGUGUUUUACAAUGAUUGCAGUCAUUAUAGUCUUGAUUGAACUAAUGGGGUUUUUGUGUUUGCCAGAUUUAGCAGCAAAUGUGGUGAUUAAUGUGUGGGGUCACACAGUAUCCUUAUAAACUGCUGACCACAUACUCAUGUUUAUUGAACUUCAUUAGCCCCAUAAACCAGGCUGGCUGGUCGCGCAAUAUGCCCGCUGGACUGUGGUUCUGUCUUCUCAAUGGUCCCAGGUUCAUAUCCUGCUUGCUUCGCUACCCUGUCAUCCAUUGGGAGGUUUGGGCUAGGAUGUAGAUUAUCUUCAACUCUGAAGGAACAACUGAAACAUGUAAAACAUCUGAAGCAUAAAACAAAACAAACCUGAAAGUCUCAUAGGGUAAAUUACCUUCAUGUUCCCUAUUUGACUUUGAGUCCCUAUGGGUAAAUGAACUUGCAUUCAUAUGACAAAUUGUGCAUUAUUUUUUUUGUAGAUUAAUUUCCAUGUAGUGAGUCUACUUUGUCCAUCCAUUCCAUGAUCCUAAACUGUUGUAAGAUAUUGAUGGUGUCACAUAUAUAAACCUUUCAUUGUACAAUAGUUACUUGUGUGUGUAUAUAUGUUUCCACUAGUAGUGUAAAUAUGUAAUUUGACUUGCUUCAUUCUGCAAUGUAUUCAAGAUUGACUUUAGGUAGAUUGAAAAUUUUUCCUGUAAUAGAUUGAUUUCAAUAUGUAAAGAAGUCUAACGUUAGUUAGUCAUGUUGUUAGAUGUCCACUGUCAUUUAAAAUAUGUUGUUUUUAUAUAAAGUUUUGAUAUAAAGACUUGCUGAUUUAGUAUAAUCAUGAAUUUUAAUUAUUUUGUUUCUGAUAAAGAAUUAAGCUUAAAAUUUCUAUUUGAACAAUCAUGGCAAUAAUUGAAGGACAAUUAAGCACCUUUGUAGCCUAGGCGAUUUAUUGACAUCCUGUACAUAAAUCAUUACUAAAAGAUUUCGCUUAACCAAUGGAGGUAAACAGUUAAGGUCUUAUGUGCUGCAUGGAUCUACAGGGUUUCAAAUUUUGCUUUAUUUCUCUUUGCUGUUUAUUUUCAUUUGAUGUCAAAAGUGGCACAUAAUAGUUUAUGUGUGAGUUUGACAAGAGGGUGAGAAAAAAAUGAUUGCACAAAAGCUAGAGAAGACUCUUCAUCAUUUGAGGCAAAAUGUUUGUCAUGGAAAGGGUCUUUUGUGAAUAUUAACUUUAUUUUAUAAAUAUGUAAUAUACCUCUGUGAAAAGACAUUUCUUUGUUGUUAGAAUAGUUUGUUUCUGAGUGUUGCCACUUAGACAUAUGAAAAUUUUUCUAUGUGUAGAAUAUUUUUAGGGGGUUUAAGUUAUUUUUACAUUUGCAUCUAAUUUUUGUUUGUUUUUAAUAUAAAUAUUUUUAUUUUUACUUUGUUUUUGUUCACGUUAAGUUUACUGUUUAAUUUAGAAUGGGAAUGUAAAGUGGUAGUUAAAAUGAACUAACCUGUGUGUGUUUAUAAAUACUUAUACCACAAAGUCUCCUAAAAGUGGCAGUAAUUCAGGACAUAAAACUUCAUUAAUAUCUAGCAUCUAUUGUACAAAUCUCAUUUUACUUAGAACUAGUGUUCUACCAGCUCAUGAACCAUCAAAAUGUCAUUAACAUUUUUUUUAUUAAUUGUAGUACAAAGGUGGAUAGCUGCAUGAUUCUGAGUUAUUAGUGAACACUCAAUGGUCCUGGGUUCAAACACUACUCACUACCAUCUGGCAGGAUGUUUGGGCGCAGGUGUAGCAAUCUUAAGCUCUGAAAGAACAUCAGAAACUUGGCAGGAGGCUUGGGCUCGGGUGUAAUAAUGUUCAAUUCUGAAGGAAAUUUAAAACAUAUUGGUGACACCAUAGUGAGUUAUGUAUCAUGAAUUACCUUUGAUCAUUUGUAAAGUAUUGUUAUUAUAGUUUAUAUGUUUGUGCAUACUUAUAUUUUUUUUAAAUUUUAAACCAACAGUGAGUGGCAUUAAUUUGACUACCUUUAGAGUAAAUAUCAUUAUAGUCAAAAGUACAAAGAGUCUUUGGGAAUAAAUAUCCAACCAAACAGUACUUAGCCUGAUUACAUAGUGUGAUAAUACAGAAUGCAUUCCUCCCUCCCUGCCCCACAUCUAUACUUUGUCUUUAUGGCUUUUUCUCAAUACAUCUUGAGUAUUACAACCUAUGAAAUUCUAUAUUUCACUUGAUAAUGAAGAAGGCACGUAAAGAUGGAAAUAUUGAAUCAAGCAAAUGUAAACCCCUGCUCUUCAUCUUGUUCUUGUACUCACACACUGACCCAACUGAGCAAGUUGCUCCAAGACAAGAAAAUUGUAAAUGUUUUUCUGUGACAUCUCUAAGCUUCAAUUGUGACUUUUGCGUUUUCAGCAUACAUUAUUUGAAUGUGCUAUUUCAUUCUGCUAAUUUGUGCAUGUAAACAUUAGCCUUAAUUUCUUGUACUAUGCAAUUUUAAUUCAUAUUCCUUUUCUUUUCAUGCUAUGAAACUAAAGUUUGCACAGCAAAAGAAAAAAUAAAUGUGUUUCAGAGUGGAACAACCGCAUCUAGUUUGAUUGAAUGUUUACAAAUGUAACAGACUUUUCAUGUAGCAUCUCUUAUGUAGGCCUAAGAUUUUUCAGCCACUAUUAUUUUAUGCUCAUUGUUGUCAGCUUUUGGUUAGCUGUUGUUUUACUAGUUUCUCCUUCCUCUUUUUUUUUCUGUUUUGAUGUUCCUAAAAAAAAAAACGUACUUAAGUAGGGUGUCAGCACAAAGCAGAACUAUAAAGUCAUGCUGAUAUUUUUAAAUUAUAAAAUUACUAUCAAAGUGUAAGAAAAUAUCUUUGACAAUUUGAAAUUCAUCUCCAUUUAUGAUAUUUAAAUAUUUAUGUGUUUAAUUUAUUGUCUUUUGUGUUCCCAAAUUAUCAUAUCAUUAUUUUUUAUAUCUAUUUAUUUUCAACUUAUUCUCUGGGUUAAUAUUUUUAUGACUUAACUCGGCAAUGGCAUUUAGUGCAAUGUAUACCAUAUCAUAACAUUAAUGUAUGUAACCUAACAUAUUAAAGUCAUUCAAUUUAGUCUCUUUUUGUUUUGCCAGUUGUCAAGUCUGUUUUCUGUAAUGGGUUUUUUUUUUUUUUUUUUUGUGAUUUUGUUUCCAACAAUUUUUUUUUCAUUAUUAUAAUUAUAUCUGCUGAUAGAUAUUUAGGCCUUCAGUAAAGAUGUCAGGAGUGUAUUUAGAUAAAUAUGUAAACAUAAAUACCUAAAUAGUCUUGUGGUAUGCACUCAAGACUUUUUUUUUUACAAUGGUACUGGGUUUGAAUCCUGACCCUUGUCAUUCCCUGACAUACUGCAGGAAGUUUAGGCUAGCAUGUAACAGUAAAUACUUAUUUUUUUAAUUGACUAGGAAUUCAUCUGCCUUCUAUUCACAUAUACCGUUAUACUGUUUGAAAAGUUCUGUAAUGUCUUUGACAAAUUUAGAUUCAUUUUGUUCAUUACAGAUUAGAAAUUAUGUCUUAUUUAUUAGCACAGACUUAUACAUUUCAUUUUAUAAUACUAGUUGUUUAGAGUUUAAUGCUUGGUAUAUUAUACAGCUAAUCUAUCUAGUCAUACAAUGUUGAAGUUGAAUAGAUUGGUCAGUGUGGAGUAUAUUGUGUGUUUGUAUGUAUCUUCUUUCCUUUGUCUAACCAUCUUUUGUGACUUAUCUCAACCU